AUUGCAUUAUUUCGUCAGCUUUUUAGUUGCAAAUGAUAAUACAGCCUCAAUAAUUUCGCCCCUCUUGAAAUCAAUGGCUCCUCCUCUGUACCACUCUUAAAUUCCUUAUUCUCUAAUCCCAGAGCUUUUUAAUUUGAAAUCUUGAAAUUUAAUGGCUGGGAAGGAGGUGGUGGCCGGUGGACGAUCGACUGCUAUGGGUCGGGACUUGGGAAGGGCGAUGGAGACGAGAUUAUAUACAGAAAACUAGUAUCUGCUUUUAAGAAUGUCUUGUUGAGAUCACUUUGGUGGAUUCAUCGAAGCUGAAAAGAAGUCGAAGAAACUAAAACCAGUCCCUCCUUUUGACUCGUCAUUGUAAUUCCAUCUCAGUUAGUUCAUUCCGUUUGUCAAAGUAUAAUAUGAUGGCUUUAGAACUUUAGUCAUUAAAAUCCUGUCUUCCAGGUUGCAUUUCACGGUAAUAAUCUUUUGACUCUUCAUUGUAAUUUCAUCUUAGUUAGUUCAUUCCGUAAAGUCAAAAAAAGAAGAAAAGUUCAUUCCGUUUGCCAAAGUAUAAUAUGUUGGCUUUAGAACUUUAUAAGUCAUUAAAAAUCCUGUCUUUCAGGUUGCAUUUUACGGCAACAAGUUACAAGAUCCAUAAUCCUAUAGACUUUCAUUUUAUAAUUUAGCUACAUGGUUACAAGUCUUCAAUGUCUUCUAUAAUCAAGAAGCCCCUUUUCAGUUUAGUUCCUAGUUUUAUAAAUUAAGGGCUAUGAAGAUAUCUGUACAAUGCCAUUUUUAAAAAUGUAUCUGAUCAGAUUCUACCAACAAACUUCAAGAAGAGAGAGAUUAAAGCAUUCUUGGUCUUUUCUGUUCUUUUUUCCCUCUUAGUUCUAAGGUUGGAAGAUAUAUCAGAUUUAAUAAGCAAUGCAAACUAAAUGAAAAUCAAGAUAACUUGCUUAACAAUCUCUUGUCAAGAUGAAUCCAUAACAGUCUUAUCUUAAGAGAAAGAAAAGAAGGAACCAAAAAAAAAAAACCCUCCAAGGGGUCAGUAAUAAUUAUGAGCUUCUCCCAAAAUACAGGGAUAUGGAGACGUAAUAAUCUCAAACUUGACCAAGUCCAAAGAGAUAAUUAUUAAGGAUAUCAGAAUCCAAAACUCUAUAGGAAUAGACAAAGAAUUAGUACUACAACUAAUUAGCGCUGCAACGGUAAUAAUAAACUUUCCUAAAUCGAAAUCCAAACCUCAAUUGGUUUUUCGCCAUUCAUCAUCAUCUAUAUAACACCCAAAACCCUCACUAUUCUCUUCUACUUUAUUUCUUCACUAGUUCAGUCUAUAUCUGAAACCAGUUAUCUCUAUUCACAGCAAACUUGAUUGGGCAAUUUUCAUUAUCUUCAUAGUUCUGUCCACUUUAUUCUUUUGGUGUUUGUUAUUUGGUUCAGAUCAAUUUCUAAUCAAUCUUUUUUCAUCACAUUAAUUAAGUACUGGCGAUUGCAAUAGCAGAGAGUGUGGUUGGGAUAGGCGCUGAUGGUCUAUCGAAACUGGCCAUAGCCACGGCAGUCAGAGUUCUAACAUUCAAAUCUUCCUUACGUCGUUUAAAUCAACGAUUGGAUGAGUUGAGCCCUUAUUUCUAUCAGAUUAUAUAUCUGAACGAAAAUUAUCUCAACAGCCCGGGUGAAGAAACAGAGGAAUUCAUCAACAUCAUGAAUCAGGGGAACGAUUUGGUUAGGGAGUGCAAUCAGAUCAGAUGGUGGGAUUUCCACAAAAUGGAUGUUUUCUGUAAGAGAAUCAAAGAGUAUAAUAAGAUUAUGAGCAAGUUCUCUCGAGACAUCAUGAUUGCUGUGGCUGUCAGGGAUUGUAAACUCACUAGACUUGAGUUGAAUAACUUCCGGGAGGAAGUCAACAACAAGUUGGAUUUGGUCAUCUCUCGCCAAUCAGCAUCCACUGCAGCAGAUCAUCAUCACGCCUCCACCAAGAAGAAACUCAAGCAUACUUCAAGAUGAAGAUAUAGGAGGAGGAGAUCCAUCAAUUAGUUUUAGAAUAUGGUGCGAAAUGAAAUACGUCUUGUUGGAAAUGGAUUGGAACUUGAGGCCUAACCGGUAUGCAAUAAUCCGUGAGUCGCCCGAUUUCGUCAAUGCUGCUGCAACCAUCGCCAAGGGAAUAAAGUGGGGAAGUCGUAAAGAAGAAACAGAAUAGGAUCUUGACAAGGACAAGACAUCGGUUUUGCUAAAAGAAACUCUAGUAUUCUAAAAACUGCUCAAGUUGAUAGGAGUGUAAAAAAUGCAGACAAGGAAAUUUUCGCAUUUUCAUCCUUCAAAUCCAAGAGAUUAAAUUGGCUUCCCU